AUGAAAGCUGCAAGGAAUCAGUUCUAUGUUCCUGCAGAAUUGAAGAUUAUUGUGAUUGCUCCUGAGCUCUAUAACAGAGAACUCCUCAGACUGGAUGGUUCAUACAGGAUUAAAGAAGAAGGUGGUGUCAUGUCUCCUUGCCCAAAUUGCCAAACCAAUGUGGGAAUGAGGAUCACUGGCUGGACCUCAGCAAGAAAGAACUGCCAGAGGGUUAUCAAUACAAAACUAAGCCAUGAUAUCAUUAUUGGAGCAACCUACAAGUGCACCUUCAUUGAUGCCACGAACAACAAAUGCAACAAAACUUUCACGGCUUAUGAUGGCAAAUUAUGGCAACAAUUCCCAAAGGCAGUGAAAAGGAAGUAUCAGGACUAUGUCUCUGUUUUUGUUGACAGAACUACAAAUCAAAUGCUAUCGCCUGGUUUCUGUGACCAGCUCCUCUUUUACAAGGGUUCCUUUGAGGAUAUGUCACGCAGGCUAGCAAACUCCAUUGCAAAUCUUGCCAAUGAAGCCACUGCAAUGUACCGCAACUUCACAGAGGAAGAGGCUGACUUGUUUCCCCCAGAGCUACCAAAAUCCAUGACUCCUGAGGAGUAUGCCAACAAAAAAUCACAAAAGUGGCCACCAUUUAACGCUGAAAAGUCAUUCUCCGGUUACUUCAAAAUGCCAACACGUCCAACAGUCACCAAAAUGUUUGAAGAGCUAUAUAUGACCGAGUUGAACCUUUCCUGCUUAGAGAUCUCUUAA